CAUAGCACGCUACUCGCCGCUUGCUUUAGCGGAACAUGGAUACCCCACUUUUGGUGCUGUAUGGCUCGCAAACGGGGAAUGCGCAGGAUGUUGCCGAGCGCAUCGGCCGGGAGGCCCGGUUGCGGCUGUUUAAACCUCGUGUUGUCGCCAUGGACAGCUACGAUGUCACCAGCCUCCCCUCCGAGCAGCUCCUGGUCUGCGUAACAUCCACCACUGGCCAGGGCGACCCGCCUGACAACAUGCGCCGCUUCUGGCGCUUCCUGCUGCGCCGCUCCCUGCCGCCGGACUCGCUGGCUGCCUGCAGCUUCGCCGUGUUCGGACUGGGCGACUCGGGAUACCCCAACUAUAACGUUGUCGCCAAGAAGCUGGACAAGCGGCUGGCGGGUCUGGGCGCCCGAGUGCUGCUGGAGCGGGGACUGGGGGACGACCAGCACCCCAACGGCUACGAGGCGGCUCUGGACCCCUGGCUGGCCCGCCUGUGGCCCGCCCUGCGUGCGCUGGCGCCGCUGCCGGAGGGGGUGCAGCAGCCGCUGCUAACCGAGGAGAGCCUGCUGGCGCUCUCGCCGCCCAAGCUGCGCCUCACGCCCCUCCGCAGCCCCGCCCAGACGGCCUGCGCGGCCCGGCAGCUGGCUGCCCGACUGCGCAGGGAGCAGCCGCACCUGCCGGUGCUGGGGGAGCUGCUGGUGCAGCAGGCACAGCAGGGGCUGCAGGAGGAAGGGUUGAAGCGGCAGCAAGGGCUGCAGGAGCAGGUGGAGGCGACCCAUGGGUCAGCGGAGGGGCAGAUAUUGGCAGAGGAGGAGGAAAGCAAGCAGCAGCAGGCUGAAGCGGCGGGAGGUGGUUGCGGUAGUGGCGGUGAGGGUGGUGGUGACGGCAGCAGCAACAACAGCAGCAGCAAGGGUUGCGGCGGCAGCAGUAGCAGCAGCAGUAGUACAGGCCUGGAGGCUACGUUGCGUUUGGCUGAGGCGGUGGCGGCAGCAGCGGACUUCCGGCGACUGCUGCAGUACGUGUCAGGAGUGCCGGUUUCGGUUUCGGAGCCAGAACCCAAGCAAGACCCACGGGACGUUCCCACGGGAGGAGGUCACCGGCCCACGACUGCCGUACUACAGGACGGCGAAGGCGCAGAUGUACGGCAUCCUCCCCUGCCGUACACGUACGGACCCUGGCGGCCGUACCUUGCACGGUUGGCGGUUAACCGACGCAUUACGGCUCCGGAGCACUUUCAGGACACUCGGCACAUUGAGUUGGAUCUGGAUGGAUCUGGACUGUCGUACGAGCCUGGAGAUCUGGUUGCGAUCUUGCCCAUGACCGCCACGGUCGCUGUGGAUGCCUUCCUUCAGCGACUGGGGCUGGACGGAGAGGCGUGGGUGCGGCUGGAGGCAGCUGAGGAGCAGCAGCAGCAGAGGCCACAGCAGUCGCCGGAUGACGACGCGGUGACCCAUGGGUCGUGUGGGGCUGGUGAAGCUGCUCCCUGCGUCGUGGCGCGCGUUCGGUCCCUAGUGCAGGGAUGUCUCGACAUCGCCGGCGCCUCACCGCGACGCUUCCUCUUCCAGGUGCUCCACAACUACGCAGCCACGGAGUUGGAGCGGGAGCGGCUGGCGCACUUUGCGAGCGCGGAGGGGCGGGACGACCUGUACCGCUACAACCAGCGCGAAUCGCGAACCCUGUCAGAGGUCCUCUCCGACUUCCCCUCCGCCUCACCCCCCCUGGAGCGCCUGCUGGAGUCCGCCCCCCUGCUGCGACCCCGCCUCUUCUCAGCCGCCAGCAGUCAGAGCCUGCGAGGACCCUCUGCCGUACACCUGCUGGUGGCCCUCGUGUCGUACAAUACCCCCCUGCGGCGGCGGCGAGUGGGGCUGUGUAGCGGCUACUUGGGCGGGUUGGAUCCGGCGGCGGCGGAGGCGGCUGGGGAGGAGAUCCGAGUGGCAGUGUGGACGGAGCGCGGCUCGCUGCGGCCGCCCAAGUCGCCCAACACGCCGCUCAUCCUCAUCGGUCCCGGCACAGGCGUUGCGCCUUUCCGCGCCUUCCUGGAAGAUCGCUACGCAACGAUCUUGGCAAGCAACAAGGAUCAACAGCAACAGCAGCAGCAACAAGCGCCCAACGAUCAAGAGCAGCAGCAGCAGCAACCAUCAUUGCAGCAGCCGCUGACACCACCUCCCGCACCUUGCUUCCUGUUCUUCGGCUGCCGCAGCCGCUCCGCCGAUUUCUACUACUCCCAGCAGUGGAAAGAGUACAUGCGAGCUGGCGUGUUACACCCCACACAUGGCCUCAUAACCGCCUUCUCCCGGGAAGCAGCGGCUGCUCCUCCUCAGCAGGGGCAAACACAACAACAGCAGCAACAACAACAACCUGUAGCGGAUGGGUCAAACGGCGCCGUCGCUGCCGCCGGAGGCGAAGCGCCUGCAGCAGCCGGCAGAAACGGCAGCACCGCCGUUAGCAGCAGCGGCAGCAAGGUUUACGUGACGCAACGAAUCCGGGAGCAAGGGGAGCUGUUGUGGGGGCUGUUGAGUGAGGGCGGGGCGGCGGUGUAUGUGUCGGGAGCGGCUAAAAAGAUGCCGGCGGGGGUGGCGGCGGCGUUUGCUGACGUGGCAGUGCAGUACGGCGGGUUGGGUACGGAGGCAGCGGCGGCGUUCGUACGGCAGUUGGAGCUGAAGGGACGGUACCAAGUGGAGGCAUGGUCGUGAUGAAGGAAUUUAGCGGGCAUUCGGGGGGAAAGGGAGGGAGGGAGCGGGUGAGGAGGAGGGUGUAUUGUAUGUCGUUCAAUUACGCCACGCUGUGUUGUGAUGUGAUGUGCUUCCACGUUCAAACGAACACGUAUUAUGGGCUUGUUAGGCUGGUGUGAUUGGGGGCGCUGUCUUCGUCUUUCAAGAUGCAUGGUUCAUGAUGCAUGACACGUUUGCUGCGACUGGUAGGAGUGAGGAAGCAGGCACGCAGCAGUUAGCGAGUGGUGAGGGCAUUGGUGAAACGAAAAAGCGAGCUG